AUGGCCCUCCUGUUCCCCCUACUGACUCUCCUGGUGCUGUGCAGCUAUGGACCUGUUGGAUCUCUGGGCUGUGACCUGCCUCAGAACUCUGUGUUGCUUAGUAGGAAGAUCUUUGACACACUGGAUCAAAUGAAGAGGAUCUCCCCUCUCUUGUGUCUGAAGGACAGAAGGGACUUCCAGUUCCCCCGGGAGAUAGUGAAUAGUAGCCAGUUCCAUAAGGUUCAGGCUAUGUCUGUCCUCCACUUGAUACUCCAGCAGAUCUCCAACCUCUUUCACACAAUGCACUCAACUGCUGCCUGGAACAUGACCCUCCUGAAUGAACUCCACACUGGACUCCAUCAGCAGCUAAAGGAUGUAAGGACUUGCUUGGUGCCAGUGAUGGGAGAGGAAGAUUCUGUCUUGGCAACUGAGGAUCCCACACUGAACUUAAAGAAAUACUUCCAGGGAAUUCGUCUCUACCUGGAAGAGAAGAAAUACAGUGACUGUGCCUGGGAAAUCGUCCGGGUGGAAAUCAUGAGAGCCUGGUCCUCAAUAGCAAAGUUGCAUGAAAAGAUAACAAGCAAGGAUGGAGACCUGGCAUCAUCUUGA